GGGGAAACCACUUGAUCACGUGACUUUUCGUUCUUUUUUGAUGCUCGACUCUAUUCGCGUAUAAACGGUGUAAAGGGGGCACAAUUGUGGUUAUAGUAGUGUUGAAAAGUUUCAUGUGGCUCCCAUGGAUUAAAGGGGAAAUAUGCCUCGGCGAAAGAAAGAUUAUGUAGCAAAAUGAUAAUAGGUUUAAUAGUUUUAUGCACUCUCGUGUUUUCUGUAAUGGGCAAGAACACAGCUAUAUUAGAGAUUGUACUGUACGAAACCACUGAGAAUGGCGGCUAUAAGACCAAUUCACAGCAGUUGUAUGGUUACUUCUCUUCUGCUGGAACCCUUAUUGGCGCCGAAGGCCGAAUCAUGCAGCUUCAUCCUCUGGGUUUGUGUAAUACUAAUGAUUACGAUGAGUUGUAUUCAUUUGGCUGGGUGGGUGUGGUUAAACUGGAAAAACCUGAGUUGGAACCAGAUCCCUGUCUUUCUAUAUAUGAUAAGGCAGGCCGAGCAUUACAAAGGGGGGCUACAGCUGUUAUAUUUGACAUAUCGGACAAUAUGGAUGUUGCUCAGCAGUUACAAAAAUCUACCUACACCCUUGAUCGUCCAGUGAUAUUAGUACGAGGUAUAGAUGCUGAUAGAUUAAUGAAAAUAGUAAACACACAAGAUGAAGCUCGUAUUAGGAUUAUUUACAGUGCUCAGGACGAUGUUGAGAUUAGUCACAAGGAAUAUUUUGAUAUGGGUAUAUUUGUGGCAGUAUUUAUUAUAUUUUGUUUAAUUUGUGUUUUUGUGAUAUUAAAAUUAAAAUACAGACAUAGAGACAGACAGUUGUCUGAAUCCAGUCUAACAAAACGUGCAAUCGCCAAGAUGGAGACCAGAAAGUAUCAGUUGUCUCCAGGGAAACAGCAACAUAUUCAUACGCCUAACUCAGACUCGAGUUGUUAUUCAUCUUCGAGUUCUGAUAACUGUGCAAUAUGUCUUGAAGGUUACCAAGACGGUCAGGUAUUACGUGUUUUACCAUGUGCCCAUGAAUUUCAUAGAAAAUGUGUCGAUACCUGGCUGCUUACUGAAGGCAGAUGUCCGCUUUGUAAUUAUAAAAUCACAGCUCAAAAGGAAUCCAAUAAUGAGACGGGUCAAGUUCGCACUAGUGCCAGUCAACAGACGUCAUCUAAUGCUCCAGUUUUACCUCAAGGUGGCAGUAGUAGUCAUAGAGAUGGUAAUCAUAGAGACAAUAGUCAUUAUACAUCUAUGCCAUACAGAAGGGACUAUACUCAAUCACAUCAUACUUCCCAUCAUCAACAGUAUAUAACAUGGCCUUCGUGUGAAGGUACGGUCGGUUCUACCCCUAGUAACUAUCAAUAUCAUAUUCCCAAUACAUCUCAUUCACAGUGUAUAUCAUUACCUGAUCAAUAUUAUCAACCAAUAGAUGCAGCCCCACCAACACAUGGUAGGGCUAGAUCCCCUAGCGUUUACCUACCCAGCCCUUAUACUCUUUCUUCUUCUUCUUGCCAUGGUAAAUAUGGAUGUAAUUCAGUGUAUCGUAGCAGUUCUACCCCAAUGACAGAUCAAUCAAAAAGAUUUUCAGUGCCGAACUCCAAACGUGUGGAUAAAAAUAGUGUGGAUUAUGUUAGUGUGCCGCGAUCAGCGAGUAUUGUCGCUGUUCGAGGAAGUAGCAGUUCGGACCCGAAUCCAAGUGAUUCUAGUUUAGAGUGUGAUUGUUUUAAAAAUGUGGAUACGACUCAGGUUGAUAGUAACAAGAGUACAUACGGAAGUAGUGAUGUUAAAGAUAUUAGUGAUACAAGUAGUAACGAUUCUAAUGUGUAUCGCGAUAAGCGGACAAAUCAGUCAGAUAAUGAAGAACGAGUAUCGCCCAAAUUACCUCCCAUUGAAAUGCGACCCUCAUGUUUAAUGAAGAGAAGUAUUGGGCAUGUGUCGAAUCCGCGUGAUCCCGACUGUGCAUCUGCAAGUCAUAUUGCUGAUGAUUCUAAUCAAGUGUCUAGUGAUAGUGCGGAUGAAUGUUGUACUGUUGUCCCUCAGGAAAAUGUAUGUACAGUGUGUAAAAAAACUGGUUAUUCAAGUGUACAUAGGUCUAUAUUAGAACCCAGUCCUAAUUAUAAUACUUCAACUACUAGUCAAACUCUUGCCAAAUCUCGUUCUUCUAAUCCUCAUAGUUACUCGUGUCAAACUAGAGGAUUAAACUCAAACAAUAGAAAACCUAAAACUGUGAUACAAAGAAGCCAUACUUUUUCAACGUCUAAAGAAAUUAGACACAGUAUGUCAGGAAUAGCAAUGGGUAAGAGUUAUGUCCCUUCAAACCAAUACUGUGUUACUCAUUCAACUUCACGGACUUAUACCGAGGAUCACACACUGUGCUAUCAACCCCCACUACAUCCAAGGUUAUCUAAUAAACGAUUUUCAUUGGCUGUUGAUAGUCGCGGUGAGCCUCAAUCUAGUGGAAGUAGCAGACAUUAUCAUGUGCCAUCUUUACAUGGUGGUUCACGUGUAUCUAGUUCUGGUCAACACUCUAGAUAUCCUGAUAUUAUAAGACCGACACCUUUUCGUUCUAGAGUCUGUGAAAUGUGUCAACAAUCGAGUUCUGUACCAGUCAAUGUUCCUCGACGUUCUAUGGUUUUAUUUACACAACCACAAGGACGUUUUAUUACAAUACCUCUAUCAGAACAAGAUGGCUAUAACCCUGUUAGUUGUGUAUAGGACAGUCUAUAGGGUAAUAUUAUAAAGGCAGCUAGAGAAGAUGGUGAAUCUAAUUCAGUGGUUGAAUCGUCACUGCACGGUUGAGUUUGAGAUUUCUUUACACAUAACACUUGCAUCUAACAGUUUAAACAGGUUCUUCCCACAAAGUCAUUUAAUCAAGGAAAUUGAAUUAAUAAUCAAUCAAAAUCAAAAAUGAUACUUUGUACUUAUUUGUUGAACUCCAAAACAUAUACUAAAUCAAAUUCAUAUAAGAGUUUUCUUUACAAAAUUAUUUUAAAGACACAAUUCUAUUGAAACCAUUACAGGAUUUGUUUUUUCUUCAAAUCGAUUCAAAUAAAUGAUCAAGAUAAUAGAUUCUUUAUUGAAAUCUAGCUUGAUAUAAAUCCUGUAAAUGUUAUCUAUAGAAUAAUUGCAUCUUUUAAUGUAUUUGUAAUGUACGUCUACUAAAUGUCAUUUAAAGCAUAUUGAUUGAUAUUUAAACUUGUAAGACAGUAGAUAUCAGUGGAAUAAAUAAUAGAUCAAAUCUAUGUCAUCUUUUCCCUGUCUUUAAACAGUAUAGUGUAGUAGAUAAUCUUCCUUGAAAUAAAAUCACGAAGGUGUUUUUUUUUGCACUAUUUAAAUUAGAUUUAUUAACUGAACAAAUGUUUAUUGGUCUAUGCCAGAUACGAUUUGAUUAAAACAUUGUCAAUGCUGUUUCAAGCUUACAUGUAGUUUGACACUCUGGAUAUUGUACACCUAGCUAACUACAUGUAGCUAACAUUAUCUGUAAAUCUAUUGUUUCCUUCAAGCAAAUUUGAGAUUAUGAAUUAUGAAUUAUUGAAGAUUAAUUGAAAAUCUAAAAUUAAGGCAUUACGUUGUGAAAAGGCCUUUAUAUGUAUGUGUUUAUUUAUGAGAAACAUUUUGCUGCAUUUGUUUUUAUAGACCCCCUUCCUCACCCUGACUUUAAUUAUAUUAUAUAUCUACCUCAGUAUAUAUGGCAUUAUAUAUAAAAUAGUGUUUUAUCAUCCCACAUACAGUUUUAUUUAUUAUAAAAUUCAUAAUUCACUCUUUGUAUUUGCAGUUUUGCAUUUAAUAACAUUUCUAUUUUUUGCAUGUUGAGUUUUAAGAAAAUAGUCAGGAAAAUAUUUAGGCAGUUAGAAUUUGUAACCAGUUUAUCAGACAUUAAAUGGAUACAUUACAAUAGUUACUGGUGAUAUUAAUAAAGAAAUAUGAAAAUGAAACUAUUUAAAGUAAACUUUACACUGUUUUCCCCCCUUUAUAAACCUCAUUCAUAAGUGUAUAUUAUGUAUAGUUUAUCAUAUAUUUAUAAUUGUAUAUAUUCAUCCUUCAUUUGAACUAUGAUAUUAUUGUAAUUGUAUAUAGGGUUGACCUCUAGAUCCUUUGACAACUCGCUGUUGUAUUAUAAACCCAGUCAAAAUUCAGAAGAAAUCAGGACAAUUUCUCUUAAGCCAACAAUCCAUCAAAAAGUUUUGUCGACAGUCUUGUUAGCUUUAAAGGACAGUUACAUGUACUAUUAAUUGUUACAGUGGAGAUUGACUAUCGACACAAAACUGGCUUUAGAUUAUGUUUAUUAUAAAAACAGUAUUGGUCUUGCAUAGUAAACUUGGGGGUGCUUCAUCGCAAGUCUGAAAGGUUUCAAAUUGUUAGAAUUGCCAUCAAGUGAAAAAAAAGCAUUGAGUUCUGCCAGUCCUGAUACGAUACAAGUUUUGUGGAACUGGUGUCACCUAUGGCGAUUAGUUGAUAGUGUUAUAUUAGCGUUGUGUAUGCCUUGCCGUUUGAAAUCCUCAAAUUUGCUCAUGCAAUGGAGUGUCCCCAUGGAGUAAAGUUGUCUUUUAAGUGUAAGAGUUAAUUCACCUUAAAGUGGGAAGUUUAAAGUAAAUUGUGUGGACAUGUAUUUCUACUGUAAUAACAGUGAUAUAUAUAUAUAAAUAUAUAGUGUUAUUUGACAUUGUUGUUUUCAAAUCAAAACUUUGUUAAAACAUGAAAUAAAUUAAU